AGGAUGCGUAUGAUGUUUUUAUGAGACGAUUUUAAAAAAGUUGAAGUAGCUAUCAGUUCAAGUAGCAACAAAGUUAGGAACAAUGUUGCGUAGCUCAGAUGCUCAGAGAUAUUCGAGCGAAGUAGGAAGAGAAUUACUUGAGAUUGACCGUAAGACUGGUGAGCUAAGAGUUGUGACGGGUCCAAAUCGAUUAUUUGAUGAAAACGCUCAGGCAAUUAAAAAAAAAUCAUUUGCUUCCGAUCAUGUUGUUGUCACUGAAUCUUCAAAGAGUAUUGAAGCAACAAAGUUAGGAACAAUGUCGUGUAGCUCAGAUGUUCAGAGAUAUUCGAGCGAAGUAGGAAGAGAAUUACUUGAGUUUGACUUUAUGACUGGUAAGCUAAGAGUUGUGACGGGUCCAAAUCACUUAUUUGAUAAAAAAGCUCAGUCAAUUAAAAAGAAAACAUUUGCUUCUGAUCAUGUUGUUGUUACUGAAUCUUCGAAGAGUAUUGAAAUAAAGUCUGGUGAUACUGCUGAUGUUGAAAACCCUUCAAAUUUACACGUUCAUACGGAGAAAAUAAAAGAAGUUAACAAAAUUCUGCUAGAGAUUGUCGAAGAAAUUCCUGAUAAAUGGAACAAUUUGGCAAUAUUUCUGAAUGUUAAAAUUGCGAAAAUAAAAGAAAUUGAAUUAAAUCAUCGUAACGUGAUCUGGCAAGGGUUUGAAAUGCUAAAGUUUUGGUAUGAAUCACGAGAAAAUAAGCAGUUGUGGUACAAAGAACUUGCCGCUGCUCUUCGCGAGUUCGAGAAAAAUAAUUUGGCUGAAGACGUUCUUCAUAAAGGAAUCAAGCAAAUUCUGCUAAUGUUUGCCCAAGAAAUUCCUGAUAAAUGGAAGUAUUUGGCUGUAUUUCUGAAUAUCAAAGAUGCGAAAAUAAAAGAAAUUGAACUAAAUAAUCGUGACGUGAGCUGGCAAGGGUUUGAAAUGUUAAAGUUUUGGUUUGAAUCACGAGAAAAUAAGCAGUUGUGGUACAAAGAGCUUGCCGCUGCUUUUUGCAAUAUCGAGAAAAAUAAUUUGGCUGAAGACGUUCUUCUUAAAGGUGCAAAUGUGGCUAAAAAUUGUUAAACUGAAAUUCAAAGGUCAUUUGUCCAUUUUUUAUAAUCGUCAUUUUCAUGUAAAACUCAGAAGCUAACAUUGGAUUGGUUUUAUUGAUUUACGCUUUUAUACAUGAAAAAAAUUCUCAGUUCUCAUUGGUUAAAUUCUCAGUGUAAAUACCAGUAGAAAAAAAAAGAAACACGGUGCAGUAAAAAGGAAUUACAGUGCAAUUUUUUUAAAAGUAAAUUUGCUCCUGAUUGGUUAAUCAAACAAAGAAGUGAUCUAAGAGCCAAACAAUAUGGAACAUUUCAAAGGCGUGAAAGUUAAAUUAAAGUAAACAAAGCAAAUGCAAUGGCUGGCGCAAGCUUAAGUAAAUUUCUUUGGUCAAUGAGCUUACAAUUCGCACUGGACCAAAAAUGAACACUGCCAAAAAGUAGUUACCUUGUUCUAGCUGCGUGUUUGAAAGCUAUGGUGUUAUGAAAACUAAUAUCCAAUGGAAUUGUAUUAUACGUGCCAGCCAGAAUUGAGAAAGUUUUUCAUAUAUAUUAAGCCCUUAAUAACUGACCUCGAGGUCUUUAUGGACUGACCAAGUUCUUUUUGCACCAACCGAGUCCGUAGUAAAGUACAGAUCAUGAAAGCGACGUUAUUAAUAUAUUUAUUACAUAUGGCAUUAUUUGACUUGAAACAAAGCUUGCUUUGUUUCUCGUCCUGCUGUUUGGUAAGGGUUGGCUUUCAUCUUUCUAUUUUUUGUCAGUAAAAAGAAAUCAUUUUUAGUUUUUUAUUGUCUGCAUAAUUAAACUCUUUUCCGAGAGUUUUUCCUUUUACUCACAUUCGUAAAUAGUGUUUGUUACAAUUCUUUUCGUUUUUCUGUUUUUUUCAAGAACUUUGUUUACAUUUUACAUUUGACUAUAAAAUUACGCAUUUUGGACUGUGUAAUAUUCUUUAUUUUUUUUGAUACGUCUCUGACUCUGUCAGUCAGACUACUACUUAUGUACACGACUAUGGGUUUCUUAUACAGAUAGGAAUUAGCAUAAAUGUAUAUUAAUCAUGUUUUAUAUCAAUAUAUUAUAACCCUCCUUUUUAAAACUAGUAUCCUUGUACUUUUCAGUCUGAUUUUUCUAUUAAUUACUUUCUAGUAUAAAUAAACGAUUAACUAACUAUUCCCUAUGUAAUGUAACUAAUGUUCUGAUUUUAUAAAUGUCUAUAUUAAAGGUUAAACAUAGUC